UCUUGUGAGUAACGUCAAUUUUAUUUUUGACUUUUACCGGUUUCAUUCUUUCCGUUUCCUUUUUUCGUGGAAUGCUACAAAGAUGAAAGCAAAAGGACAGUUGAAAGAAUUUGAAGUGAUCGGGCGUAAAUUGCCCACAGAGGCUGAGCCACAAACACCACUAUAUAAAAUGAGAAUAUUCGCACCAGAUAGAAUAGUGGCUAAAUCACGUUUUUGGUACUUUUUACGGCAAUUAAAAAAAUUCAAGAAGACUACUGGAGAAAUAGUAUCAGUUAAACAAAUAUAUGAAACUUCACCAACUAAAAUUAAAAACUUUGGUAUAUGGUUGCGUUAUGAUUCGCGUUCUGGUACACAUAACAUGUAUCGCGAAUAUCGUGAUUUAACUGUUGGAGGGGCUGUAACGCAAUGCUAUCGUGAUAUGGGGGCCCGUCAUCGUGCUCGUGCACAUUCUAUUCAAAUAAUUAAAGUAGAACCGGUAGCUGCUAGUAAAACAAGACGUCCACACAUUAAGCAGUUCCAUGAUUCCAAAAUUAAAUUCCCAUUAUGUAAAAGAGUGCAACAUAAAGGAAAUCGUAAAUUGUUCUCUUUCAGAAAACCAAGAACAUAUUUCUUGUAAGCUCCAUAUUUUAAUUAUUGAAAUUGUUACUUUUCAACUAUGUCAGUAUAAAUUUUGAAAGGGAAAAAUAAAAAAAAAAUUAAUUUAA